ACAACAACAACAACAACAACAACAACAACAACAACCAAAAACCAAUCUAUCCAACUACCAUGAUUCACUCACUCUCACUUCACUAAUCUGACAUCAAUUGCUCUAAUCGAAAAUGAAAUCCAAUGGCGAAAUGGAGAUGAACCAGAUCUUUACCGACUACAGUGCGGUCUUGGAAUGCAAGGACAGGGUAAUAUGUCACAAAUAAAGAACUAUUCGGGCCACCCUCCACUAACACUGUGUUUUAGGAAAGGAAAAUGAUGAAUCUACCAUGGGUGAUGAGCACGAAGGAGGGAAGCAGACGACAAGGAAAGGCGCGGCUCAAGCUGAGUUACUGCAUAUACUGCGGUUAUCUAAGGCUGAGCCCAAAAUGUGGCUUCAAUCAGAGCCGGUUAAACCAUAUUCGGUUGAAUAUUGGGAAAGUUGGGGGUCAACAGAGAGUUCGGAAAGAGUGUUGGGACGGGGAAAUAUCCAGGCAUCGAUAGCAAGAGGAGAAGCUUCAGGAAGACGAGGAUAUUCAGCGCCGAUAGAAGACAAGACCGAUUAGAACACAGCCGAUCAUGUUGCUUGCUUUAUGUGGUGGGUGAAGAACGAAAACAUCCAACCAUGCGGUAGGGUAUUUUACAAGCGGAACUUGACAGACAGCAGAAUAGACCGGAUUGUGUGGUCGUUGAAGGAAUAUAUCAAGGAAUAUAUCCGACAAAUGCACACUAAGGCGAAUGGAGGACAGCAAUAUUCGGAACAAGAAUCAAACAGAAGCUUGGGCACGGCAGUAGAAAAACAGAAGAUAUACAAUGACACCCUCGUCAGUGAAGAUGAGUUCUCAAGGAAGGAGGAGGAAUUACAAGUCCGGUGACGAGCUCCAAGCCGAUGUCAUUGAUGCAGUGAAGUACAUUUUCGGUUCAGGUACAUAGCCUGAAGUUCGGGCUGAAUGCCUCCGAAGUAUCCCGAAGCUGUUGACAAAAGGAUCGUGGUCCGGGACACAAUGGCGGUAAAAGAGUUUUAUCAGACUUCAAAGAAGAAGCAGCAGGAUUCAGUAUAACGAUGGCCAGUUUGGCUAUCUGCAAGAUCAAAAAGAACCUGAUGGUGACAUGACUGAUUAUGAAGCUGUCUUCACUUACAUAUGCAAAGCAAUUGAAGAUGAGGACAAUGCUCUUUUUGGUCUCAGAUGAGAGCUAAUGCUUGUCUAUUUCGCUGUGUUAGCAAUGAAUAAUCGAAAAUAGGUUAUAUUACAUAUGAAUUUGUAUAGGAAGAAUUAGUCCGCCGUAGGUUAGGGCAUUGGUGCACACGUCUCCAACAAUUAUAGAGAGGGGUAGAUUUU